ACGAAAAAAAAUAGAAAAAUAAAAAAAUUGUUUGUUGCAAGGUUCAAGGGCACAGUUUGCAUGUACAAGGGCUGGGAUGUUUGAUGGGAUGUGGGUACAGAGUCGGAGGUCUGUAAUGGGUCACGGGGUCUGGGGGAGGUCUUCAAGUGUCUUGAUCGGCAGCAAGAAGGGGUCUUCGGGAGUCUUGAGCAGUCCCAGGUCAGCGGCAGCAAUAGGGGUCUUGAAGGAGGUCUUGGUCAGGUCGAUGAUGGAAGCAAGGCGAACUGCAAAGGUCUUGGUCAGGUCGAUGAUGGAAGCAAGGCGAACUGCAAAGGUCUUGGUCNGUCUUGGUCAGGUCGAUGAUGGAAGCAAGGCGAACUGCAAAGGUCUUGGUCAGGUCGAUGAUGGAAGCAAGGCGAACUGCAAAGGUCUUGGUCCACAAGCAUUGGACAAGAUGGACAAGGAAGUGGGGAGGGCGAAUGGGGCAGGGCUAGGCAAGGGACAAGGGCAGAUCAGACAUCAGGAAUCGGGAUCAAGGGCAAGGGUGGCUGUGGCAGGGGUGUGUGUAGAACAAGGUGGUGAGGUUGUAGCAGGGUUUAAGCAAGGGUUCAGGGUUUUAGCCAAGGAGACGGUUCAUUGUUGCAACCCAUUCAUUGAGAGAGGGGCAGGGGGAGGAUGGGUUGAGUUGAGAGGGGAGCAAGAAAUCAGAGGGCAAGCGAGGGUGAUAGUCGAGGUCAAGGUAAAAGGGGGACAUGUCGGUGGCAGGGCAAACGGCAUUGUUGUAGGCAAUCUCGGCGGCGGUGAGCAACUGAUCCCAAUCAUGCUGGUGGGGAUGACAAUACUUCCGCAGGAUUCUUUGGAGAGUAUCGUUCAUCUUCUCGGUUUGUCCGUCGGUCUGUGGGUGGGAUGCAGUGCUGUACCUGAGCGUGGUUCCGUAGGCAUGGAAGAGUUGUUUCCAGAAUUGGGAGAGGAAGCGGGGGUCGCGAUCACUGAUGAUAUUCUCGAGGAGGCCGUGGUGUCGGGCGACAUGGUCGAAGAAGAGAAUGGCAAAGUCUUUGGCAUUGUGCGAGGUGAUGGUGGAGAAGUUGGGGCAAGAGAGGUAUCCUUGGGUGUAGCGAUGGCGGAGCGAUGGCAGGAGAUGGAUGUGGGUCAUGGCGGCAUAGACUUUCUCGGGGGGUUUGUGAUCGGGGCGGCGGGAGAGGGCGUCGGCAACGCGGUUGCUCUUGUCAGGGGUGUGACAAAUGGUAAAGAUGGAGGAGACGACAGUGUUAUCGGUACGGAUGGUGAAGUAUUGCCCGUCGAGGUACGGCCAUCAGACUUUGAGGGCGUAGACCACGGCGAGGAGCUCCUUCUCGUUGGAUGGGUAGUUCAUUUCUGCGGGAAGGAGUUUCUUGUUGGCGAAUGCGAUGGGGUGCUCGCCGAGUGGGCAUUGGGAGUGGGUGGGGGAGUCCUUGAUGGAGGGGGUUUCCGCAGGGAUGGCGAGAACUUGGCGGAGAUGAUCAAGGUGGGACUCGAAGGUGGGGUUAAAAACAAGGAUGUUGUCGAGGUAGAUCACGACACAGACUUCGAGGAGGUCGCGGAAGAUGUGGUUCAUGGUGGAUUGGAAUGUGGCGGGGGCGUUGGUGAGACCGAAAGGCAUUACGAGAAACUCGUAGUGCCCGAAGCGGGAGCGGAAGGCGGUUUUGUGGGUGUCCUCAUGGCGGAUGCGGAUCUGGUGGAAGCCACUGCGGAGGUCGAUCUUGGUGAAGUAUUUGGCUCCACGGAGGCGAUCAAGAAGUUCGGAUAUACGGGGAAGCGGAUACUUGUUCUUGAUCGUGAUCCGGUUCAAGGCGCGGUAGUCUGUGCACAUGCGGAGUUCUGAGGUGUUGUUCUUCUUGACGAAGAGACAGCCGGUUCCGAAGGGGGAGGAGCUAGGCUUAAUGAAUCCUUUUUCAAGGA